CGGAGUGCCACAUUUUUGCAUAUUUUCUUUGCACAGCGCCAUCAGCUCAGCAGUAAUGUUUAAUUUUAUUAUUUGUUUUAACGUUAAUGUUACGCACUAUCUGUUUAUUAGUCAAUAUUUGACUUUAUUGUCGCUUGGUGCUUUGUAGCUAGAGGCCAACAACGGAGUCGGGGGUGAGAGAGUGUGGAGAAGAGCGGCAGAUACCAGUCUAUCACUACUACUGUGAGUACUAUACUACUAUACUAUACUACUGAUACCAGUCCAGAUAACGGUGCGGACUACUACAGUAUGCCAACAAUACGCCGACGGAGAAGGAAACGGAUGCGAGGAGCGAGCGACAGGCAUGCAUGCCAACAUGCCAACAUGACGGCGGCUAUUCAUGCCAUGCCAGGCAUAAGGACGCUGACAGGGCGGAGUUUUAGCAGGCUCGCAGCACUCCGUCUGGCGCAGCACGCGCGUGUCUUUUGCCCUCUUGUCUCCGUCAUCGUCGCCGUCGUCGUUCGUCUUCUCUAUACAUACAAUGUGGACGACGGUGGACAGAAUUGGAGUUUGCUGGUGGACUGACGAUGAGGCGUGGGUGAUGAUGCGAUGAUGCGCCAGGUGAGUCGCUCCUAAGCAGCCAAGCGGUGGUCACGUCAAGCUGCAGAGUUAGACUGUGGCUAAGGCUUAGCUGCCAAAUAUACGGACCAUGACACUUUGACAAGUAUAGGCAUGAAGAGGGACUACUGUACUGGCUGAUUAUUCUACUAUGUAUGGCACGCACACAUAAGGCGAAUAGUGAUAUAUUUAACAAUGAAUACCAUAUAUAUAGCAC